GCAACGAUGUUCUGGAUGGCGGGCGACAUGUGGUAACUGCCGCCCCAGAACACACGUGUGGGCAAGAGCAGUCAAUCCUUGCGGGGUCCGUCACCAGUCGCGGGGAAGCCAGGCCGUCGAGCAGUAUAGCACCGCCACACGCCAUCCAACUCAACGAAAAUGGCCAAGAUCGUGGGAAAGUACAAGAUGGACUCAUCCGAGGGCUUCGACGAGUUCAUGAAGGCCUUGGGUGUGGGAAUGGUGAUGAGGAAGAUGGGCAACGCCGCCACGCCCACGGUGGAGAUCACGCUGGAUGACGGCACCUACACUCUUAAGACCGUCACCACCUUCAAGACCACCGAAAUCAAGUUCAAGCUGGGCGAGGAGUUCGAGGAGACCACUGCUGAUGGACGCACCGUGAAGUCCACCAUCACCCUGGACGGCAACAAAUUGAUACACAACCAGGUGGGAGACAAGGAGAAGAAAGAGAAGGAUUCCGUGCUCACCCGUGAAUUCACUGACACAGAGAUGCUCAUGGAAUGCAAGGUUGAUGAUAUUGUGUGUAAACGUGUCUACAAGCGCCAGGAUUAGAGGACAGCAGCAGUGGUGUCACUGGUUAUGCAAGAGUGAGCAGCAGACAAUUGCAAGUCCUCUUCAGCUUGAAUGAAAGGAAGGUUAUUGUAGAAUUUCUUUAGUAUCAUAUUAAUUUUUGUUAUUGCAUUAUUUUAUUUUGAUUAAAUUAUAGUUUUUUCAUAAUUUACUGAUCUUGUAUUUCAUUGAAGCUGAAUUCUUUUGCUCAAAGAUUCCAAACCUAAUUGACUAAAAGUGAGCUCAUUUUUGUAGUUGAACUCAUUUCCUUUGAUAAUUAUCAGAUACUUGUUCUUCCUUUUUGAGAAUACUGUUCUUGAUUCUUAAGAACCAAAGUUAAUGUCAGAUGCAUAUUAAAGGAAUUUUUGUAACCUUUAUAUAUUAAAUGUCCACAUUCU